AACACUUACAGUUUAAUGGAUGACACAACAGACAAGAUUGCUCACUUUGAGUUGGUGCAGGACUUUCCAAAAAGUUGUGCUCCAUGUCAAGAUACAAGGACAAUCGAGAGCUGCAGCCAUGGAUACGAAGUAUUUGUAACCAUCUAUGGUAUUGCUCUGCAACUUGUGGAGGUGACCCUGACGAACUGAUCGAGUAUUGGAAGUCCAUUCUUUUUCACAUUACAGGUGUGCACAGUUGGAUUGAAGAAGGAAAGCCGAAAAAAUGUGGACACAAUGAUCUCAGUCCGCAACAGCAACAAAGAAAAAAAUGGCUUGGAAAAAACUCACGUGCCUUCCACACACUACAGAGUCUUGUCCUGGACAAAGGACUUCUAAAGGAUUUGAGGCAAAUGGCUCUUUUCAAACACACUGGACAACUGGAGGUGUUUCAUUCUGUCCUACUGAAGUACUGCUCAAAGAACCUGCAUUUUCAUUAUGCGUCCAUGGUUGCAAGAACACAACUAGCUAUCCUUGACCACAAUGAAAAUGUAGGUCUUCAGCAAGCCACAACCACUACUGGUGUACCUCGGUACAAUGUGGUUUUCCCGAAACAUACCAAAGAAUGGUUAGCCAAAGCGAUUUUUGAACAAACCACUCAAAAAUUCAGAGAGACUCUGGUUGAGAAAGUUCUACAGCGGCGGCUGGACACCAACGUUGUUUACAAGGACAGUUCUUCUCAUUUGACUCAUCGCCAAUUGCCACAGAACAUAGCCCUAAAACCAAGGCCUGACAAGCAAGAAGUAAUUGCAAAGCACUUAUCAAGAUUUGGACACUAAUUUACUUUAAAAAUGUUAUGAGUCUAAUGUACAAUUACUAUUAUUACUCAUGUUGUUUUAUAGUUUUUCUCAUUUUUUCUUAUUGAGGUAACGACAGAAUACACCGUUGGUAAAAAAAAACCUAUUUCUUGUGUUAGUGUGAAUAUAUGGUCCUUACUGAUGGUACCCUACAUCAGUUGCAAUUACACAUCAACGACUGUAGUUAUUUCAAAUCUGUUUUAUUCUUCCAAAUAAACGUUCGUGUGAGACAUCAAGUAUGUAGUGUUGAUGUAUAUACAACAACAAAUAACACUGAAUAUGAAAGUAACAAAACUACAGCAAUUACAGUAAGUAACAAAUACUACC